ACUGGACUCUGAAAUGGGCAUGUACAGGGAAGAGGAGACCCCGACACCCUUCAAGCUUUGAGUGGAGAGGACACAGUCUCUGCUGGGACAGGGAACAGAGGGAUGUGGAGACCCUGAAGAUGCUUUUGGACAGUGGUCUGAGGUUGGGACAGUAGCAGGAGAUACCAUUCACCCAGAAUCUCCAGGACAAGAGAUCAGCCUGGCAGUUACUUGUGUUUUGUUUCAAACUGGUUGCCAGGUUGGACUGACCGAUGACAUCAGAGAUUCCGACCUUCCUGAUUGGAGGGACUGGACUCGGUGGGCACCUGCAGCUCAGGUGGGCAACAGUUAUCUUUUCAGAACUGUUCUCCACUACUGACUUCUCCCAGCCUCGAGAAUUGAUAACACACUCUUCUGGAUCGUAGCUGUGUCCAGAAGAAGGCCACAGACAGAACAGAGACUAGGUUCCGUGGGACGGGACAGAUUUUGUGAAACAUCAUGACCAGCCAUCAACCGCACCCCCAGGAUGAGGGGCAGAGCCACCAGCGGAGCACCUUUGGGUACCCCCUCCAGGAGGUGGUGGAUGAUGAAGUGUCGGGACCAUCAGCCCCUUGGGUAGAUUCCAGCCUCCCACGUAGAUCCCUUUGCUGGAAAAGGAAGAGGGAGUGGUUGGAAGAAUCUGAGGAGUCGUCGUUGGAGGAGUCACAGAAGGAACUCACCCCUGAGCCUGAGGAGACCUGGGUGGCAGAGAGGCUGUGUGGCCCCAAGAUGAAUAUAAAGCGGCGGCGAGUGUCAUCCGUGCUCCCUGAGCACCACGAGGCUUUCAACAGGCUGCUUGAGGAUCCUGUCAUUCAAAGAUUCCUGGCCUGGGACAAAUACCUGAGGGUGUCAGACAAGUAUCUCCUGGCUAUGGUCAUAGCGUAUUUUAGCCGGGCCGGCCUCCUCUCCUGGCAAUACCAACGCAUUCAUUUCUUCCUGGCUCUCUACCUGGCCAAUGACAUGGAGGAGGAUGACAAGUCCGCCAAACGAAACAUCUUCUACUUCCUGUACGGGAAGACCCGCUCUCACGUACCCUUGUUCCAAAAGCUUCGGUUCCAGCACUUCCAUUACAUGCGCUGGCGGGUCAGGAAGACCCGCUCUCACAUACCCUUGUUCCAUAAGCGUCGGUUCCAGUUAUUCUGUUCCAUGCGCUGGAGGGCCAAGAAGAUCCGCUCUCAGAUAGCCUUGUUCCAAAAGCUUCGAUUCCAGUUCUUCUGUUCCAUGCGCUGCAGGGCUUGGGUUUCCCCGGAGGAGUUGGAGGAGAUCCAGGCUUAUGACCCACAGCACUGGGUGUGGGCGCGAGAUCGCGCCCGCCUUUUUCUAGAGUUCCAGGGACCGUGGAUGCCUGAGGUCAUUGGCCUGACAGAAGAACACUGGGCCCAGGGGAGAUGCGGAUUUUCAGCAGGAACUUUACUCCAAUGCUAUGGCAGACACCAGGAAGGAGGAGAGGAGCCAUGUGUGCAUACCAUCUAGAAGAACCUGGACCGUUCUUGAUGGAGCUGAAUACAGUGAUCACGUUGUCCUCCUGGGAGCAGGGGUGGGGGUGGGGGGUGGGGUACUUCUAGGAGUCCUUGGAGAAAAGUAAGAAACCAGGAGUGUUUCCAGUUCCACCCUUUCCUGCGGCAUCACCUCCCUUUUUAUAUUGCUGAAUUCCACCCUCCCUGGGGCAGAAACUGGAGCUCCUGUUUCUUACGGACUUGGUUGCCACAGUCCACAAGCAUUUGAAGGCACAGUGCAGGGGCUGAGAUUGGCACAGAAUUCUUUGUGAAAUAUGAAUGCCAUAGACUGUAAUCAAUAGCUUCAUGCGCACUAUGCAUUUUCUUGGUUUGUUUGGAAAAUGUUGGCCAUUGAAUUAUUAAUAGGUUUAUUUCAGAUAGUUUGGAAAUUGUUGUACUUUUGAAAAUAUGCUGUUCCUGUGGUUUUUUGAUGAGAGUUAUAGCUGUUAUAUAUACAUAAAGAUAAUUUCCUUUUAUUUUUUAAGAGAGAAUUCUUUUUAUCCUAAAUCUUUUAUUAACUAAGUUUUUUUCUGUAUUAUUAUAUGUGCUCCUGAAGCGAGCACUCUUUUUAUCUAUGAUAAUUCCAUGAUAAUCUCUUCUAUUUAUAGCUAUUAGUAGUUCCCUAAAUUGUAGUGAUAGAAAUUUUUAUUUGCUGUUUAGGUUUAUGACUGAAUUGUGAGAAUUCAGUUGUGAUUUUUAACAUGUCUCAGAUAUAUAUACUAACAUGUCUAAUAUAUACUAUCUAUUUUAUUGGUUUAUUUUGAAAAAGAUGGGCAUAGAAUUAUUUAAAUAUUAUUUUAAAUGUUUUGGAAAUACUGGUAUUUUUGAAUAGAUGCUGUUUCUAUAAAGUUGUGUGAUGGGUGUAAUAACUGUUAUAUACACAUAAAUAUAAUUUUGUUUUCCUUUUUAAGAGAGGAUUCUUUUUAUCCUAAAUCUUUUACCUUUCAAUAUUUGUAUCUAUUAUUACACGUGCUGCUGAAGGGAGCAUGCUUUUUAUCUAUGAUACUUGUUACUAUAUAUAUUACAUUUAUAGCUAUGUAAUAGUUCCCCUAAAUUCUUGUAAAAAUAAAUGUUUAUUUGAUAUUUAGUGUAUGUUUGAAAUGUGAGAAUUCAGAUGUAACUUUUUUACCUUGUAUUGGCAUGUUUGUAUGUUACUUUAAAGAGGAUGUGUGUUCUAAAGGAGGGCAUGAGCUGUGUGUUUUCAAGAGAACGGUGCAGUGCGUCUCUUGGGGAAACAUAAUAAAGAUGAACUUUUCUCACCUUCACAGCGAGUGUGAUCAUAUUGGUCUGGAUUGAUUAUUUGCUGUCAAGUGAUA